UAUAAAUUUAUUAUUGUAAAAUAAUUAUAAUUAUUUUGAAAAAGAUGAAAAAGUUCUAAGGUACUUAUUAAGGUUUCUGCUAAGUUAAAUUUUUUCUUAUGAAUAUGACCACUGUCAAUGAUCCGGAGAUUGCCUAUGAAAUGUUAAUACACAGAAAAAUAAUGUUUCUAAUAUUGUUAAUAAUUACUUUUCUAGGAAUACAUUCAGCUAAUUACAAUUUAUCACAAGAAUUAACAACAAUUUCACCAUUAUCUUGUGAUGCCAUCAAAGACACCUCAAUGAGAUUGAACAGAGAAAAUUAUGAGAUUCAGAAAGGAAUAUAUCUUUUACCAUUGAAUCAAGAGUUCAAAAAUCAUCAGAAUAUAAAUGGAUUAAAAUCCAAUAAUUUAAAGAAUCACGAAACAAUUGCUACAUCCUUAAAAUCAAUAUUUGAACUGUCAAAAGAAGGUAAAGGAUGGUUUCAACAAAUGCCUGAUAAAAGUCUGAGAAAAAGAAAUGUAGACGAUACAAAUAAUAGGAAAAAAAUUAUAUCAAAACGCAAACAGAAGAAAGCAAAAGUGUUAGGUCGUUUACUGAGGAACAAUAUUUGGAUUAAAAACUAUGAAGAUAUUCAAGAUGAUUAUAUGGAAGAUGAAGAUGAUUAUUCUAUAAAUAUGAGCCGGAAGAAAAUGAAAUGGGAGGAUUUUCGAAACGAAGAUGGUGCAAGUGUAAUGGAAUUAAUUGCUUUGAAUGCGAGACACAAGACGAACAUGCAUCAAGCACGGAAUAACAAUUAAUAUUACCGAAAAAUUAAGACAUUUUUAUUAUUAUUUUCAUUUUUACUACUUAAUGACAUAUUUACAUUAUUAUACGUAAAUUACAUAUAACAAAAUUCAUAAAUAGUUAAUUCAGGACUGAAUUAAGAUUUCUGGUGCACCGGAGCAAUCAAACCUUGGAAGCUUAGUGUAAUUUAAACUAAAAUAAUUAUUAUUCAAUUAUCUUUAUGAAAUAAUUAUUUUAGACUGCUGCCAAUAACUGUACACGUCGAUGUUAAACAAAAUUCGUAAGGCAAAAGAAAUAUCUGUAUUUCUGUUUCGAAUAAACUAGUGAUUGUUUGUACAAUUGUUCAUGGAUGAUACAGUUGCUCCAAGUUGUUUUUACAGACGACAAUAAAAAAAAAGUAAAAAAGAAUCAGUGAGUCUCAUAAU